GGAAACAGCGCACUCUAGCUGCAGCUUCCUAUCAUGGUGAACCCGGACAAGUACAAGUCCAUUUUUAAUGGAUUUUCUUUAACCUUGAGAGAAGAUGGCUUAAGGGGCCUGGGCCGUGGUUGGGCCCCAACUUUUAUUGGCUACUCUAUGCAAGGUCUCUGCAAGUUUGGUUUUUACGAGGUCUUUAAGGCUUUCUAUAAUGACUUUUUAGGAGAGGAAAAUGCAUACAUUUGGAGAACGUCUGUAUACCUGGCUGCAUCUGCCAGUGCAGAGUUCUUUGCUGACAUUGCGUUGGCACCUAUGGAGGCAUGUAAAGUACGUAUCCAGACACAGCCUGGCUAUGCCAGAACCCUGAGAGAGUGUGCUCCAAAAAUGUAUGCAGAGGAGGGGCUGUGGGCGUUCUACAAAGGUGUGUACCCACUGUGGCUGCGUCAGAUCCCCUACACCAUGAUGAAGUUUGCUUGUUUUGAACGCACGGUUAAGAUGUUGUAUAAGUUUGUAGUUCCCAAGCCUCGCAAUGCCUGCUCAAAGCCGGAACAACUUAUAGUCACUUUUGUAGCAGGCUACAUUGCUGGUGUGUUCUGUGCUGUGGUAUCCCACCCGGCUGAUUCAGUGGUGUCUGUGCUGAACAAGGAGAAAGGAAGCACAGCCAUGCAGGUGCUUAAGAGACUGGGACCAAAAGGUGUGUGGAAAGGACUCUUUGCUAGAAUCAUCAUGAUUGGCACGCUGACCGCCCUGCAGUGGUUUAUCUACGAUUCGGUAAAGGUUUAUUUCCGUCUGCCCCGUCCACCUCCGCCAGAGAUGCCAGAGUCUCUGAGGAGGAAGAUGAGCUUUGCAGGUCAAUAAACCAACCAAAGGUGAACCUAGUUUCACGUUUGAAGGCAAUGGCUAUUAGAAGUCGUAUUUGAUUAAUUGUAUUAAUGUUACUAGUGUAAAAUUCAAACACAUGCAUAUAGGCCAGCUUAUGUCUAUUCAAAGAGAUAAAGAAAAGGAAAUGCAAUAAUAAAUUUGUGACCCACAAUUAUGUGCAUUCAGUAGAAAAUGAAGGAAUUAGGGAAAUUAGGGACUGAAGGAAUUAGGGAAAUUGCUGCUGGGGUUAGAAUAUAUUGGUAAAAAGCUGAUUUAGUGAGUGUUCUUGUGAGUUAGAGAAAAAUUGUCAGUGUUCUUGUUUCCAC